AUGGCCUUGGUCACCAUGCUGGUGUGGGGAGGCCGGUUUUGGUCUUCCAGGGACCUACAUCCUGUGCCUCUGAGGAAGGCCAAAGACCCCUGGAACCUCCUCUGUGGUAGAGAUAAACAGCGCAAGGGCUGCCAGGGGGGAGUCUGCUCCUCCAUACCUCAUGAGUCUGCAUAUGGGGAACAUCUGGUAUCCUUAUACCCUGAAAAACCAUCCCCACUCAUCUCUGUCCCAUGUCUCACAUCAGCCCACCUGUCACUCAGUCUCAGAGGUUUUGAUGUGGUCACAUCACCUACAGUGGCCACAGCUACUGAAGCAUCUCAACCCCAAUACUGUGGUGACCCCAUGGUCUACAUGACUGCCUCCUGGCUGAGCAGCAAGAGUGGCCAGUGGCUUCUCGCUGAAGAAGGAAACGUGAUCCUAGCUGACAAAAAAUUCCUGUCCCCUCAUAUCCUCCACCAAAACUGUCAGGCAGGUCUGUGCUGGGGAGGAGCUUCAGGCACUGUGGGAGCUCAGCAGUGUCUGGCCUGGCAGGGUCUGUGGGUGGAGCUGACUGACUGCAGAGGCAGGGGCAGAUCCAGAGCCAUCCUGACACCACAGCCCAGGCUUUGGUUACACACGUCCAUCUCUCACAGCCAGACACACAUCGUGAAGAGGCUGCUGGGAUCCCUGAUGGGGCUUCUGUGCACCCAGGUUUGCUGGCUGAAAGGGCAACAAGUGGAGCAGAGUCCUGGAGCCUUGACUCUCCAGGAGGGAGAGAACUGUGACCUGCAGUGCAACUUUUCCAAUUCUGCCAGCAACCUGCAGUGGUUUCACCAGAACCCCCAGGGCCUCCUCAUCAGCCUGUUUUCCAAUCCCUCGGGAACAAAGCAGAGUGGAAGACUAAAGUCCACGACAGACGCUAAGGAACGCCGCAGCUCCCUGCACAUCUCCUCCUCCCAGACCACAGACUCAGGCACUUCUGUGUGGUGGACACACAGUGCUCCCCAGGCACCUGCAGUCUGA